AUGAGAACGAUUUCAGGUAAUAGCGAUGUUUGCGUCGUACCGAUAUCAUCACGGAGUGAGAUCGAAGGUACUGAGGGCACACUUUCCGCUCUGGUCACGUCUCCGCAUGGCAAGGACCACAAAAUCGUCUUCUACCGCAACAUCAACGUUUUCUCAUUCGAACUGCUCGAUACGUCCCGCCGACACUCGAUCACGUAUCGUCUGGACGAGUUGCUUUGUGUUCGCACGACAUCAGUUAAAAUAAAAAGAGGGCUUCCGCCUGAAACUACUCUUCGCACCCUUUACUUCUACUUCGUUUACAAAAAGGACAAGUAUCGAUGGCGCCUCAAGCAGAUACCGGUGGUGUUCAGCAACAAAGCAGAACGUGACUAUUGGCAGGACAUCAUCACAACAACCCUACUGGGCGUUCGAAAUCGCCCGAAGAACAUCAUCGUAUUCAUCAAUCCGUUUGGAGGCAAGGGCAAAGCACAAGACAUCUUCCAGAAAAAUGUGGAGCCGUUCUUCAAAAUAACCCCGGGCCUUAAUUACGAAGUGAUAUUAACAGAAAGAGCUAACCAUGCCAGAGAUUACGUAAAUGAAAUGCCACCAGAUCGUUGGAAGUCCAUAGACGGCUUGGUUUCUGUUGGAGGCGACGGUCUAUUCAACGAGUUACUUUCUGGUGCUCUGCUACACACUCAAAAAGAUGCAGGAACUGAUAUCGAUGAUCCCGACACGGAACACCUACAGACUCCUCACUUCAGGUUUGGCAUUAUUGGCGCUGGAUCUGCUAAUUCCAUAGUGAGCACAGUACAUGAGACGGCCGAUUACGCAACUGCAGCUGUUCACAUUGCCAUUGGCUCGGAAUGUAAUGUGGACGUGUGUACCGUGCACGAGAACAACCACUUGCUAAGGAUUUCGGCGAACGCGAUCUCGUACGGAUGGCUGGGCGACGUACUACGCGACUCGGAACGCUACCGUUGCCUCGGUCCCAUACGAUACCAAUGGAGUGCUCUACGGACCACAAUACGGCAUCCAAUUUAUCGAGGGAAAGUGUCAUUUACUCUAUCACGAAAGGAAACUGAAGAUCCGAAAGCAGUGCUACCACCAUGUGUGAAACCAUGUUCAACAUGCGAUGCAAUAGACAGUGAAACGUCGCCUACAACGACUUCAUCUCCUCACUACGACUACCACUGGCAUGCUGAAUUCACUCACGUCAUUUGUUGUGUAAUCCCCACAGUAACACCGUUCACUCCUUAUGGCUUGGCGCCUUUUACGGGAAUAGGAGAUGGCACUUUGGAUUUGGCUCUGGUCCCUAGGAUUUCUAGAUGUCACAAUAUACAAUUUAUGCGGAAAGUUGCAAUGUACGGAGGAAAAGGGCUGUACCAACUGGACAGGACGUUGAAUUGUUUCCGAGUGCUGAGAUGGUCUUUCGAACCGGACGCCGAUCAGGAAGAUCCUGGUGUCUGGAACCUUGACGGUGAAAUUCUUGAGCAACCCAAAGGGAAUGCGUUGCAUUUCAGGCUACAUCCGCAGUUGAUCAGUUUCUUUGGUCGCGACGCAGCUAUAGUUGAGCCAUCAAAACGCCCCAGCUACAUAAAAAAGAGGAAAUCCAGUAUUGUCUACAGUUGA